AGGAAGCUGAAGGCACCAAGAAGACCGUCAUUCAGCUUUAAAGAUUUGACUAUCUGCGGCAGAUUCUUGUGAAAGGUAAAAUUGAUUCAAAUGUCCGUUUUGCCCGACCAAAUCCGUGGUGUGUUGGCCCAGUUGUUGCACAGCUUGUCUUCGUCAGACAAUAGCGUCAGAUCUGGUGCUGAAAAAUCCCUUGAAAGCGAAUGGACUAAUACUAGCAAUGUUGAGAUGCUUCUCACUUACUUAGCCGAGGAAGCCUGUAGUGGAGCCGAUGAAAGUACCCGAUCCUUUGCUGCUGUUUUGUUUAGACGUGUUGCAAUAAAGUCUCCUAAGGAGUUGGCCAGUGUAACUGAUAGAACUAUAGGGGUGAUCAGCGAACCUGUAAGACAACAAAUUCGCUCGAUAUUAUUGCGAGGAUUCGCCUCUCAACAGACAAACCAAGUGAGACACAAGCUUUCUGAUGCAAUCUCAGAAGUUGCAAAGGAAGACGCUUCCCCACAAGGUAGUUGGAACGAGCUUAUUCCAGCAUUGUUUGAAGCUACCAGAAAUACCGAUCCAAGUUUUCGCGAGUCUGCUUUCCGUGUUUUCUCCUCAGCCCCCGAGUUGAUUGAUAAGUCUUAUCUCGAUCUGGUGUUACCAAUUUUCAACUCCGGUUUCGAGGAUAGUGACGAUGAUGUUCGUAUUGCUGCCUGUUCUGCUUUUGUGGCAUUUUUCAGAGAGUUGCCUAAGAAGAGCUGGCAGUCAUUAUCUCCUUUAUUACCUAAUCUUUUGAACUCCUUGCCAAGAUUUUUACUGAAUGGCCAAGAUCAAGCUUUGGCUUCUGUAUUGGAAUCUCUCAUCGAUUUGGUAGAGCUUGCCCCAAAGAUGUUUAAAGAUAUGUUCCCCACCAUCAUCGAGUUUUGCGCAGCAGUCUCUAAGAAUAAGGAAUUGGAAGCUAACACUCGUAUGGCCUCUCUUGAAUUGUUAACUACGUUUGCUGAAGUGUCUCCACAAAUGUGUAAGCGUACUCAGUCAUAUACUGACAACAUGGUACUUAUCACAUUGUCAAUGUUAACCGAAGUAUGUAUGGACGAUGAUGAAGCAGCAGAAUGGAACAACAACGAUGACUCAGAAGACGACGAAGAUGAAGAACAUGAUGCUGCUCGUCAAGCAUUAGACAGAGUAGCAUUAAGAUUGAACGGUCAGGCUCUAGCUGGUCCCUUGUUCCAGUAUUUACCUGCCAUGAUCCACUCUACAUCUUGGAGAGAGCGCCAAGCUGCUUUAAUGGCAUUGUCGUCUACUGCUGAAGGAUGUGUUGAUGUAUUGAUUGAUGAGAUCCCUAGAAUUUUAGAUCUUAUUUUGCCAACUUUGGAUGACAGCCAUCCUAGAGUCCAGUAUGCGUGCUGUAACGCAUUGGGACAGAUGUCUACCGAUUUUGCAGAUGUCAUCCAAAGAACUGCAGGUGCAAGGAUAUUGCCAGCCUUGAUUUCCAAACUUACAAACAAAUCUGUUCCAAGGGUUCAAGCCCACGCGGCUGCUGCUUUGGUUAAUUUCUCCGAGGCCGCAUCCAAAGACACAUUAGAACCUUACUUGGACGAUUUAUUGAACAACUUGUUGGUAUUGCUACAAUCUCCGAAAAGGUACGUCCAGGAACAGGUGUUAACAACCAUUGCUAUUAUUGCAGAUGCUGCAGAAAACAAAUUUAUAAAGUACUAUGAUACAUUGAUGCCAAUUUUGACAUCCGUCUUAAAAACGGAUAUAGGGGAUGAAAACAGUCUAAUAAAGGCUAAAUGCAUUGAAUGCUCCACUUUGAUUGCUUUGGCUGUUGGUAAGGAGAAAUUUGCUCCUCAUUGUCAGGACUUGAUUCAAUUAUUUGGUCACGUACAAGAAACAAUUACGCAAGACGACGAUCCAAUCAAGCAGUAUUUAGAACAAGGCUGGGGCAGAAUUUGCCGAAUUAUUGGAAAGGACUUCCUUCCGUACCUUCCUGCCGUAUUGCCCCCUCUUUUCGAAGCAGCAAAGGCAACUCAAGACAUAUCUUUGUUGGAAGAGGAGCAAGCCGAAGAGUUCAAUUCAAAUGAAGAGUGGGACGUUAUUAAUUUAUCAGGAAAGCUCAUUGCAGUUCAUACUGCAGCUUUGGAUGAUAAGGUGUCUGCGAUGGAUCUUCUUAGAACCUAUGCUGUACAAUUGAAAGGAGAUUUCUUCCCUUGGGUAAAAGAAAUUGUUCAAGAUAUUGGGAUCCCGGCGCUAGAUUUUUACUUGCAUGAUGGAGUGAGAGGUUCAGCUGCCCUAACCUUAGCUUCUUUGUUAAGGUGCUCUGUUUAUGCUACAGGUAAUUCAUCAAAUGACACAUUGGAACUCUGGUCUCAGAUUUCAAACAAGCUUGUGGAGGUUUUGACCAGUGAACCAGUUCCCCAAUUAUUGGUUGCCUACUACACCGCUUUGGUCGAAUCCAUAAACGUACUUGGUCCAAAUUCCUUAUCUGCAACGCAGUUGAAGUCUUUGGCUACUUCUAUAAAUGCAAACUUGGUUGAGAUUUACGAGAGAAUAAAGGCCAGAGACAAUGAAGAUGACGAGUACACUGAAGACAUCGAGGAAGACGAAGACGAGUACACUGAUGAAGAGUUGCUUGAUGAGAUCAACAAAGCUAUUUCUGCUAUCUUCAAGAAUUCCAAGGCUAACUUCUUGCCAGCAUUUCAAGAGCUUGUUCAUACCAUUGGUUCUUUCGUCGUAGAUGACAACACUAACAUUAAACUUUGCGGAUUGUGUGUUGUAUGUGAUGUUUUGGAACACUGCGGAGCAGAUUCAGUCUUAUUUAAAGAUAUCUUUCUCAAUGUAAUCGGUGAGUCCAUCACAUCAGCUCACGCAGGAAUCCGACAAGCUGCUUCAUAUGCAGUGGGUGUUGCAGCUCAAUACGGUGGUGAACCUUUUGCUGACUUCUGUUUGGCCUGCUUGGAGCCAAUGUUCAAGAUGGCUUCCGUGCCUGAUGCGCGCGCUGAUGAGAACAUUCAUGCCACAGAAAAUUCAGUUGCAGCAAUUGCGAAAGUUUGCCAUAGAUUUUCAAGCUCUAUUCCAAAUAUUGAUGCUGUUAUAGAUCAAUGGAUAAACUUGUUGCCAGUCGUUCAAGACGAUCAGGCUGCACCAUUUGCUUACACGUUCUUGAGUGAGCUUAUUCAGAACCAACAUCCAUCGAUUCAAAAUCAAACACCUAAGGUUGUAGAUUCCGUAAUUCAGGCAUUAGCACAUGGUUCGAUUGCUGGUAAUAAUGCAGAAAGACUCAUUGCAUCUACAAGACAAUUAUUGAGCUCUAUUCCACAAAGUGAGGCUAUGGCUUUGUUACAAAAGAAUAGUUCUGAUAUAGACGUGGUACAAAAGUACUUCUCCUAGUAGAAGUGCAAGCGUCAGAUACUUAGACUGUCAUAAUUGGAUAAAUAUUCAAUAUAUAGCUGUAAUAAUAUUUUUUACAUUCAA